CCGUUCGACUAUGAAAUUCAGCAUCGAUCAUUCCGUUCAUAUUCAUCCUUCACCGCCUUUCAAAUUUCACCGCCUUUCAAAUUUCACUGCUGCGCCCGUUGCAAGGUCAUCUGACACCCUGAUAGUUCCCCUGCGAUGCCAACCCUGCCCCAUUCUUCCCGUCUUCUGGACUGCGGAUGAUCGAUGAAACACAGCAACGGCGCGCGCGCAAGCGUGGAGUCCUGUGUGGAACCUCCCUUCAUGCGCGCAU